AUGGCAAAUGCAAUUGAGCAGGUGCUUCCUAAUACAAGGCAUAAACUUUGUAUCUGGCAUUUGGAACAAAAUGCUAUAACCAGAUUUGGAGCUCUUAAAAAAGACAAAGAAUUCAAGUAUUCAUUCAACCAGUGUUUAAAGAUGUGUGUGACAGAACAAGAAUUUGAAGCAAAAUGGCAAGCAAUGAUGCAGAAAUAUGAGUUGACAGUACACUCUUGGUACCAAAAAGUGUACGAGUUGAAAGAGAAAUGGUGUCCUGCCCUUAGUAGAGAUUUCUUUUCAGCAGGAAUCUUAUCGUCACAAAGGAGUGAAAGCACUAAUCAUGCAAUAGGAUUCAGAGCAAGUAAAGCAACUACCUUGACAGAAUUUUAUACCAUAUUUAAGAAAACAAUCAAUCGUUGGAGAAGCACAGAGAAAUAUGAUGAGUUUACCUGUAGCAAGUCAAUAUCAUUCACUUCAUUGCCACUAUUUGGAAUGCUAAAACAUGCUGCUCAAGUUUUCAAUUUGUCACUCUUUAAAGAUUUUGAAGAGGAGUUUGGAUAUUCUAUGGCAACAACUGUUCAAAUGAUAGGAAGAAAUGAAGAAUGUCUACUUUAUCAGGUAGCCCUGGAAGACAAGCCAUGGUCUGCACAUCAAGUAAACUAUAUACAUGAGAGCCAGAAUGUAUGGUGUACUUGCAAAAAUUUUGAAGCAUCUGGAUGGUUAUGUUAUCAUUGCAUCAGAAUUCUACACUUGCAUUCAAAAACAAGAAUACCAUACAAGUAUGUUUCAAAAAGAUGGACUAAGUUUGCAAAAACAGAGGCAUGGGAUAGGUUGAAGAAUCAGGAUCCUACACAUCAAUAUAUUCCAUGGAGACAAACAAUGAUAAGGAAAUACUACAAUCUAAUCUUAAAGAGUCAAGAAAAUGAAGAAACAAGAAAAUUUAUGGAAGAGAGUUUCAGAAACAGUCUUAAAAUGGUGGAAGACUUACUUGCUAGUGCUGCCCAGAGAGAAAGUGCAGAAGCUGCUUCUAAUAUUCCUGAUGUGGCAGGCAGCAAUCACAGCAAUGAUGAUGUUUCUUCGGCAUCGAGUACAAGCACAAGUGUACCAACAAUACUUGAUCCACAAAGGGCUAUAACAAAAGGAAGAAGCAAGAGAGCAAAAGGAGGUCUUGAAAAAAGCAAGAGAAAAAAAAAAACCAGCACUACCACCUCCACAUUCAGAAUUUGGAUCUAA